AUGUUCCGUUUGGUUUUCCUUCUCAGCUUCGUCGCUCUUUCCCUGAGCUGCGCUACAACGCCGGCGGCAGGGGGUGGCGCGGCAGGUGGUGGCGGUGCUGCUGGCGGUGGUGCUUCUUCUAAGAAGGCCAAACGUGAAGUUCACGAAGCAGAAGUGACUGUUGUCACCCACCAAAAUUACGAUCCGGAAUUGACUAACUCGUACAUGGGAGUGGUCAGAUCCGCGAUUGAGCAGCAUGCACAAGAAGAAGGACUGAUAACCAACAACAACCUGAUUGAAGAGAGACCGGGAAACGUCGGUGGGAAAUUCGCAGUUACCUACGCCGUCGUCGAUGUGGGAUGUGAGCAGUUGAGAAGCUUCAUCACGGGAGCGAAAGAGAUGUCGCCGAUUAUCAACUUUGUCACGGUUGAAUGCGACGGAAAAGAAACAGUUUUAUAG